AAAUGGAUGUAUUAAAUAAAAAGAAAGGUGGUGGUCGUCCUUUAAAUGAAAUUUGGAAGCACUUUGAAAGAUUUCCAAUAGAAACUCCUGGCAAGUUUCAGGCUUGUUGUAAUUUUUGUCCAUUAGAAUUGAAACGUGCUGAAAUAGUAGCUUUAGAAGAGCAUCUUGCAAACCAUUGUUCAAAUGCAUCAGGAUUAAUUUUACGUGAAUAUAUGCAAAAGGUUUUAGCACGAAAUAAUAGUAAAAAAAGAAAGUUGGAUAAUAGUCAAACUAUUAUCACUUCUUUUCAUGAUUAUUCAGAUCUUCCUAAAGCAAGAAUUACAAGAAGCAAUCAUGAUAUUAAUUUUGACGUAGAAUCUAUACCAGAUAGUAAUAAGGAAAAAGAAAAUAAUAUAUUAGAUUAUAAUAUUGAUAAUUUGGUUAAUCAAUAUGUUACUUAA